AAUUCGUACCAUCGGAGACGUAGCAAGCAGCUGGUGAGCUAACCCGCAGUUCGGAGAGCAUCAAAUAUAAAAAUGACUAGGGGAAACCAGCGUGAGCUCGCCCGUCAGAAAAAUGCCAAAAAGCAGACUGACAUGAACAAGGGGAAGAGGAACGAUGACGGCCUGUCAGCUGCUGCCAGGAAGCAGAGGGAUGCAGAGAUAAUGCAACAGAAACAGAAGAAGGCUAACGAGAAAGGGGAUUCUAAACCCAAAUAAUCACAGGAAGACAAAGUGACCAAUCAGCUGUUAUAUGAAACUUUGCAGCCAAUGACUUUGUUCCUGGUGUAAUAUGAGAGGAUCCGUCUUUUUGUCUAGAUUCCAGAACAUAGAUGACUUUUGUUCUUGUAAAUUUUGCCUUUGAUGGAUUGUAUGGUUUUGUAGCUUUUUGAGGUGGUCUUUUUUUCUUGGCAGGACAAAGAAUGACGUUAGCUUAAUUCUGACAUUGCACAAGUCUCACUUUUCCGAACAGUAUUUACAAUGUAAAGAGUAAGAUUGAGGAAGGUUUGCUGGCUUGGAUCCACUCAACAACUCUGUAUUUUUGUAUCAAAGUGUGCCCCAAAAAUAGUGUAAUAAAAUGUAGAUUUUUAGUUCA